UUCGAUAAAAAGCGAUAAAUCUUCUGUUUUUAACAGUUGUUUCUUGAAUAUUCGUAUUUAUAUUAUAUAUUUUAAAGCCGUGUACUAUUUUCGUGCGUGAAACCUCUAAUUCAAAAGUCAACACGUGGAGACGCUUAAACGAGAACUUCUUCAAUAUUUUGGGUUGCCGAUUAAGCAACCAAUAUGCCACAGAACGAAUAUAUUGAGCGUCACCAAAAGUUGUACGGUAGGAGACUCGACUAUGAGGAGAGGAAACGCAAGCGCGAGGCCCGUGAGCCGCACAAGCGGGCCGAGAAGGCGCAGAAACUACGUGGAAUCAAGGCCAAGAUCUUCAACAAGGAGCGCCGCAAUGAAAAGAUUCAGAUGAAAAAGAAAAUCAAGGCCCACGAGGAGAAAAAUGUCAAACAAAAUACAGAAAAGGUUGCAGAGGGUGCACUACCCGUCUACCUUCUGGACAGAGAUGUGCAGUCCAGGGCUAAAGUACUCUCUAAUAUGAUCAAACAGAAACGUAAGGAAAAAGCUGGCAAAUGGGAUGUCCCGAUACCUAAAGUAAGAGCACAGGCUGACGCUGAAGUCUUCAAAGUUCUCAAGUCUGGCAAGACAAAGCGGAAAGCAUGGAAGCGAAUGGUCACUAAAGUCACAUUUGUUGGUGAGAACUUCACCAGGAAACCUCCCAAGUUUGAGAGAUUUAUCCGACCGAUGGCCCUCCGGUUCAAGAAAGCUCAUGUGACACACCCUGAGCUGAAGGCCACAUUCUGUCUGCCCAUCAUUGGGGUAAAGAAGAACCCAAGCUCACAGAUGUACACUAGCUUGGGGGUCAUAACUAAAGGAACUGUGAUAGAAGUAAAUAUUUCCGAGCUCGGUCUUGUGACUCAAGCUGGUAAGGUUGUUUGGGGGAAGUACGCACAAGUGACCAACAACCCAGAAAAUGAUGGCUGUAUAAAUGCUGUACUUCUGGUGUAAAAUUGAUAAUAGUCUGUAUUGUAAAAAAUGUACCUUAUUUUUAAUUUGAUCUUAAUAAAAAUUCCUACCGUA